CCCCGCCUCACUGCCAGCCGGGACACACGGCAAAGCCCCACAGAACGCGGAGCCGCGAAAAACAAGCCCCCAGCAUCCGCGACUUUGAAGCAGCGUUUAAACCAACCCCGGGAUCCCGCUUGUCGCCAGGGGACCUGGCAAUCGGACCGCGGGGGCGGGGCCAGAGAGCGGGCUCCCGGGCGCGGGCUGGAGCGGGGGAGGUGACGUUUCUGGCGGGAGCGCGCGCAGGGCGAAGGGAGCGGCGGCAGCAUGGAGGCGGGCGCACGUGUCUCCGCGCUCUGGGUCUAUCGCUCCGCGGCGGGCCCCGGGCUCUCGGUCUCCCUGCGGAGCAGGCGCAUAAAGAAGCGGCCCAAGCAGAGCAAAAGGGGGGUGUCCGGGGAUUGUCCCGCUCCAGCGCGGCCCGGGAAGGCGGAGCAGCCCGGAGCCCCCCAGCCCGGCCGGGGCGCAGCAGCGGGGCCCGGGAAGGGGGAGCAGCCCGGAGCCCCCCAGCCCGGCCGGGGCGCAGCAGGAGGAAAGCUGGGAAGGAGCCGGAAGGGGAAGCAGAGAGAUGGGUACGUGGACCCCAUGCAAAGCCAAACUUCAGGGCUGCAGGAAAUCUCCAGUCCGCAGCUGGCAGGGGUGGCACCGGUGGGAGCGGGAAGGGGGGCCAGCAGCCCGGGGCCCCAGAAGCCCAUCACCGGCCCCUCUCUGCAUGACCUUCUCCAGGAGCUGGGUCGAGUCCAGCACAGCAGGCAGCGGGCAGCCAAGCUGUUUGAGUGGCUGAUUGCGCCCAUCUCCCCACAGCAGUUCUUUGAGCAGAGCUGGGAAAAUAAACCCCUCCUCAUUCGGAGACACAACCCAGCAUACUACCAGGGGCUCUUCUCCACAGCCACCUUCGAUGCAAUCCUGCGGGACAAUGAUGUCCAAUUUGGGGUAAACUUGGAUGUAACAAGCUAUGUGGAUGGGACGAGGGAAACCCACAAUCCUGUUGGCAGGGCGCUGCCCGCUGUAGUAUGGGAUUUCUACAGGAAUGGCUGUUCCCUGCGGAUGCUGAACCCGCAGGCCUUCUCUGCCACCGUUUGGCACUUCCUCUCCAUCCUACAGGAGCAGUUUGGGAGCAUGGCUGGAGCAAACACGUAUCUGACACCCGCGGGCACACAGGGCUUUGCUCCACACUACGAUGACAUUGAAGCUUUUGUGAUCCAGCUUGAAGGGAAGAAGCACUGGCGGGUUUAUGGUCCUAGGGAUGCUACAGAGGUGUUGCCCCAGUUCUCAAGCUGUAACUUUGCUCAGGAGGAGAUUGGGGAGCCCAUUAUGGAGACAAUACUUGAAGCUGGGGACCUGCUUUAUUUCCCCCGUGGAUUUAUCCAUCAGGGGGACUGUCUUCCUGAUGCACACUCACUCCACAUAACUGUUUCUUCAUACCAGAGGAACUCCUGGGGAGAUCUGCUGGAGAAACUCCUACCAGCAGCCUUGCAGAUGGCCAUAGAAGAGGAUGUGGAGUACAGGCAAGGGCUCCCUAUAGAUUACUUAGAAUAUAUGGGGGUCCUGAACUCAGAUGUGGUUGAUUCUCGCCGAGGUGCCUUUAUAGAGAGAGUACAGAAUUUGAUGAAGAAACUGGUGGAUUAUGCACCAGUUGAUGCUGCAGUGGAUCAGAAAGCUAAGUUGUUUCUUCACGACUGCCUCCCUCCCGUGCUAACUGAACAUGAAAGGGCACUGAGUAUACAUGGUCUUCCAGCCAGGUGGGAAGAUGGAGAUGUUCGUGAUGCUGAUAUACCGAUAAAGAAAGGGACUCAGGUACGGCUGCUCCGUCAGGGCAUCAUUAGGUUGUGUAAUGAAGGAAAUGGUGUGCUGCUCUAUUACACAACAGAAAACUCAAGAGUGUACCACAAGGAGGAGCCCAAGUACUUGGAGAUAGAUCCUGAGUUUACAGAUGGUAUUGAAUUUCUGCUUUCUUCCUAUCCAAAAUAUGUCUGUGUGGAGACCCUUCCAUGUGAUACCUUGGAUGAUAAGAUCUCCUUAGCUACCUUCUUGUUUGAAAAGGGCCUGCUGAUUACCAAGAAACCUCUGGUGCCUAUGUAAUUUGUUUAAAUUAUGAUCAAAAUAAAUAUACUGAUUGUUUA